CAACGAUACAAUUUUGCGCCUACCUACCUUAGCCACGAAACACAAUAUUUGAAGCACGUCGGACUCGAUAAAUUUCUUGAAACAGCCAAAAUGUUGCUCGAAGAAGACCCCUCUACGCUGAUCCGGCACACGAUAGCCAAUUUCAACAUCGCCCCGGACAAGUCAGCCGUAUCUCGAAUUUCAGAAUCCCUCUCCACCCUCCAACAGGCGCGCGACCUGCGCGUGCGCGAGGCAGAGACGUCGCUGCGGCGGCUGGCCCGCACGCUCAACACGCUCUCGUCGCAGCACGCCGAGCUGACAUCGUCGCACUCGUCCACCCAGCACGCGUCCGAGAUUUCCCGGCUCGACACGCAAAAAUUUCGCAUCGCGAAGGCUGCGUCCGACCUUGAGAUGGAGACGGAGCGGCUGCAGGCGCAGCUGGCCGAGCUGAAUGCGCGGCUGCAGGAGCUGGAGCUGCAGGGGGUGGAUGGGGCCGAUGCUACGAGCGGGGUCGGGAAUGGGGGCAUGGGGGGUGUCGAGGAUGAGGUGCUGUUGCGGCUCAAGGUCUAUCGGAGUCUGGGCAUUGAGAUUGAGAGGGAUGCGGAGGGGGAGUUCAGUCGGGUGGUGGUCAGGAAUGACCGGAAGGGGGAUGUGCAUGUGGUGAAUAUUGAUAGGAGGUUUUCGAGGUUCUUUUAUGCCAAUUACUUUUGGCAGAGUUUGUGAGAGGGGUUUGGUGGAAGGUUAGGGUUUGGGAUUGGCGUCUUCGUCUUUGUCUCAGGUUGGUUUGGGACGGGAUACCUGACUAUGACUGGGAACCGGGCUGGCGUUGAGGUGCGAUUAGCUAGAGAUAUUGUGUCAUCAGUUUGGCUAGGUCGGUCUCCCCGUUGAUGCCAUGGUGCGUUGAUCCCUCGCUCUGACAUCCCGCAAGUCACUGCGCUUGAAUCUUCACUGACGGAGUCCGAACGUCAGUGUUGGAUGAUGGCUCUGUUGGGACUUAGCAACUGUCUGCAUUGCAGCAGGCUUUUCAUGACGUU